UCACUACAUCGUUGAACGAUGACAUAUAGAAAAAGCGUCAUCAAAGUGAUUGCUUCGCACCGAGGGAAUUUCCCAAUAUCCGAGUAUGGGAUAUUUGGCGAUAGCCGGUAUCCGAUAUCCGGUAUUUAGCCAAAUUUAACAAUUUACGACGGCGGUUCAGCUUUGGCGAGGAUAAGGAACACGGUAUCCCCCUCCGGUGACGUUACUCGACAGGUUUCUCGACGUCAUCGCUUCUCGAGUGUCCAUGCGCUUAAGGCGUAGUGACCAAAGUUUACGAUAAUCACAAACUCGAUAAUUUGUUAUCUCUCCGUAAAAGCUUCUACGUUGAAUGUACCCAUUAAUUGUAGGAAUACGGAGAAUCUUAGCCGUUCGAGAUGAAAGAAGACGUCAACUCGGUCAUCGAUUCGGCCGUCGAGUGCUCCGAAUUGCCAGGUGUUAUCGGGGCACUUUUGGACGCUAUAGACGAUAAGGAUGCGCAGGUUGCGGCAUCGGUAGCCUCAUCGAUACGCAAGAUAUCCAAGAAAGAUCCCACAGCAGUUGUUCGAACCAUCGUCUAUUUCAGAGAGCUCCACCGCAAGUUAACUCGAUCGCACUUGGUUGCGUUGCUCAAAGUAUCGGCAGAGACGUGUCGACAACACGCAGCUAGCUUGGACUCGGACCUUGCCUCUUCGAUCGCUCAAAUGUCAGUGGAGGAAUUCACAUCGGACGUGGAAGAAGAAGCCAUAGAAUCGUUGGUAGCUCUAGGCAAGGAUCGCUGCACCGAGGCCAUGGGCGCAUUGGUGACCAAGUUCGAGCCAGGGAUUAUUCCGCAUCGCGCGACGAUUCGCGCCAUAGGAAUGCUGGCGGCCACAAACCCUGUCGACAUGAUACCAUUCGUAAAGGUGACCCUCGCCAUAGCGCUGCCGAUGAUGGAGCACCUAGGGGAGGACGAGCUCAAGUACGCCUUCUGCUUCGCGCUGGGGAAGCUGGCCGAAGCCGUGGCCGAGAGUGGGACGAACCCGGACCCGUUCCGGGACGACGCAACGGCCUGCUUCGAGCAGCUGGCCCGGUACUGGCUGCGGCCGACGCGGGACUCCCGACUGGUCGACGCCGCGCUAAGCGCCGUCUGCCCGGUGCUGGCCAUCGCGGGUGCGGACCCCGACGGACUGCGCGCCGCCCGCCUGGUUCCGGUCCUCCUGGGGUGCUGCCGGCGACCCGCAACGCGGCUCUCGGCCAGCAGGGCCCUGGCAGCGCUGUUGACUAGGGCGACCUCGGCCGAGAAGGAGAGCCUGCGGCCGCUCCUGGAGUCCGUGCACCGGACGUUGUCGGAGCUGGUCAGCCCGACGCCCUUCGAGGCUCCUCGCGAGGCGCUGCUCGUCCACUACGAGGCCCUGCGCUGCGCGCGCGCCCUGGUGCUGCUCUACCCCGAGGAAGGCCUCGACCGUAUUCUGCAGCAGUUGCGCGUGCCGGCGUCCGCGCAGCGCGCGCGAGCCUUGGUGAUCCUCCGGCACCUGGUGAACACCCUUCCCGCCGAGGAGGACGCGGCGUUGCGGCGGAUCGCUCUAGCCGUGGAGGAAUCCCUGAGCGAAGCCAGCCCGAAGCAGGUGGUGGGCGUCAUCGUGGCGCUGGCCGCCCGACCCGCGGUCCCGCUGCUGCCGGCGCAGCGGUCCGUCUUCGUCCGCUACAUGGUGGCGCAUAGCGAGCCGCACGCGGAGGAGUCCGAGGCCUGCUGCGAGGCGUUACACCUGCUGGCCACCACCCUGGACGGAGCCGAGACGUGGCUGUGGCCCGCCCUGCUGCACGCCCUGCUGGACCAGACCCGCACCGCUCCCGUGGCGCCGAUCCUGCGGGCGCUCGUCCCGCUGGCCUCAAAGAUCGACCGAGUCGCGGAUCCGGAGCGGUUCCGCGUGCUGGCCCGCUGCCUGGAGCUGGCAGUCGAGGAGAGCGGUCGGCCGGCCGUGGUACUCUUCCUCCGGGCGGCGGCGCCGCUCCUCGCGGGCCGUCUAGCGACGGCACUCUGGCAGCGGUCGUUGGCGAAGUACGCCGACUGGGAGACGCGGUCCGUGGAACUGCUGGAGGACACCGCCAACCUGGAGGGCUCAGAAUUCGCACGCGGCCUUGCAGGGGAGCUGGUGCAUCGCGCGGCUGGCCGCGGUAUGGCGCCGCUUUUUGCGGCCGUGGCGGACCGCGCGGAUGACCGCGCUCUCCUGGUGGACCUCGUCCGGGCGCCCGUCGCAGAGGGGCCCCUCGCCGAAGAGCGAGCGCGAGCCGUCGGCGUGUGCGCUCGGCGACACCCGGACGCGAUGCUGGCGUUGAUGCGAGAUGCGUGCGCGGCCGAGGACGCGCGUCGACCCCCGGCGCGUCUCCUGGGCCUGGUGCGCGACUCGCGCGCCGCUGCCUGCGCGGAGGCGGCGCGCGCGGGCCUCCUGCGGGCCUACGCGGAGGUCCUGACCCGCGCCGACCCUGAGCGCAUGGCUGCGGAGCUGAAGGGCCACGUGGCGCCCUGGGUGAUCCGCCGACUGGGAGACUGCCGAGAGGUCGCUACCCGCGAGGCCGGCCUCCUGGCUCUGGAGCGCGUCGCCGCCGUGACUCGCGCGGCUGUCGCGUCCGGCAUGCUUCCGGCUCAGCGGAACGCGGCACUAGCCACGGCGAUGACUCUGCUGCAGACACCGGUCGGCCACCGACCGUUGCGACUCUACCCGGCGAUUCUCCGGGCGGUCGCCGCAUUGGCACGCGUCCAGCCCGCCCUGGCCGCAGAGGAGAGGGAGGUCGUCCUGCUCACCGUCCUGGACAGGGUCGUCGCGGCGGCGCCAGAGGUGGAUCUCCUGCUGUCGCGGGAGGACGGUCGUCGCGUAGACGAGGGCCUAGGAGAUGUCUGCGCGGAAGUGGUCGCCGAUUCCGCCGACGGCCUAGCGGAGCUGUUCGACAUCGCGGCGCCCUGGAUGCGCUCCACGUCCUGCUCCGAGCGGAGGACCGUCCUGUCCGUCCUGUGCACCGUCCUCGGGUGCUAUCGCAACUCCCUCAGGUACACCUACCCGGGCGGCAGACUAGAGCCCGGUCGAGUCCUAGGGCGCGUCCUGUCCUGGAGCGCCGAUCCGGAGCCAGCGCUGCGGCAAAGCGUGGUGACCUGCGUCGCCCUGGCGAUGAGCGUCGCCGCCCGACAUCGUUCCCAAGCGGCCCCGGGGCACCCUGAGCGCGCGGUCCACGAAGACGACGAGCUGGCAGAGGCGAACCGUUUGCUCGGCUGCGACGAUCCUAAGAAGCUUCUUCGGGGCGUCGAGACCCUGGCAAGCACGGUCAGCCGCAGGGUGGCCGCUGGAGAAGUGAUGGCUCUGGUCAGGGGCCUCGUCGACGGCCUGGCGGGCGGCGAGUCGGCAGCCCUGGCCGGCGGGGUUGCCCUCGGGUGCCUCUUCGAGAUCCGCGGCGCCGACGUGCAGCGCACCGAGCUCUUCCUCGUAGACGACGUGCUGCGGCGGGCGCGGACCCUGGAGGACGCGGAGUGUAGGCGCAGGUUGGCCGACGCGGUGCGAACCUUAGCGGUGCACCAUCCGGAGAAGAUCGUCGAGGUGCUAUUGGCACAGCCACUGCCUUUCGACCGAGCCACGGAGGAGGCCUGGAAUGCCCUCGGUUCCCGACAGGAGACGGGGCUGCGGGUGGUGACGUCGCUCUCGAGGCGCCUGGAGAGUGGAGUGCUCUUCUCGGAAGACUCCCCGAGCCCGCGGCGCGUUUGCGCGACCUCGAUGGCCGCGGUGACCGCCCUGGCUCGAGUGCUGCACUCCCCGCUGGCCGCCAGCCUAGUGGAGAGGGACCUGCCGGAGCUCCUGUCGACGCUCCUGGCGUACUUGGCCGGGUGGCUGCACGCCGAGCCGUUCGGCCGAGGGUCGCCGUCGCCCCGGGAGGAGGUGCACGCGUUGCUGUCCCGCGUCGUUACUGUCGCGGACUCCGAGGCCGGCGCCGGCGCAGCGGUCCUCGCCUCGCUCCGGAUGACCGAGGAGGACCACGUGGACCGCUACCUGGUGGUGGCGGUGCGGACGGCGAUUCGAUGCCUCCAGGGCCGCGGCCGCUCCAACGAGUCGACGUCGCGGCUGGCGCGCGCCCUGGGCCGGCUCGGGGCGAGCGCCGUCCCGGAGCAGCGCGCCGUCGCCGUCGCCCUGCACUCCGAGUUGCUAGCCGGGCUCAUCCCCGCUGACUGUUCCGCCGUCUGGGUGGACGCCGUCGUAACCAGCUUACACGAGGCUCGCACCGACUCGGCGGCACUUGUCCGCGGGCUCGCCAUCGCGGGUCUCUCCGGCAUCGUCGGCCUCCCUGCCAGCCAGAUGAACGAGUACUACGAAGACUGCCUGACGGCGCUGCUGGAGGGCUUGGAGGAGCCGUCCUGGAGGAGUCCGGUCGCCCUGGAGUCGCUGCGAGGCCUUAUGCGACUUCUGGCCAUGCGGGGUUCCCACUCUUUGGCGCCGAGGGUACUCCUGGCCCUGAGGCCCUUCUUGGACAAGGAGUAUCGCGAAACGAAACUGGCCGCUCUGGCCGCCCUGGGUGUAGCUGCUCGCGGCCUCGGCCCGGGUGACCCGCUCGAAGACCACUUCUUGAGCUGCCUGCCCUCGCUGGCCGUCCAACUAGAAGACCCGGACGUCGACGUUGCCCGGGCGACGAGGUGCGCGUUGGCCGACCUCUCGGGCGUCCUGAGCUGUCCACCGCUGCGUGCCCUCUUGCAAACGCUCCCCCGCGGGGAGGCCAACUUCCGGCCGAGCGACUUCCUCGGCGAAUUGGUUAGUUGCCUGCGCAGCAAUUUGCCCGAUCGAGCGCAGGAGCUCAGGAACGCGGCCGUCAGGGGCUACUCCAGGGCGGAGAAUCCCGUCGCGCGAGCCACCGCCGCGCUCCUCGUGGGACUGUCUGGCUCGCCUAGACCCGAAGACGCGCAGAAGAUGCUGCAGCUGUUGCGCGACCCGGAUGCCCGGGUGCGAGCUCGAGCGGCUAGUGCCCUGGCGACGAGUUUCGCUGCCUGACCUUCCUGCGGCUCUACUCUUCGUCUAGCUUGCACGAAACGGCUUCAAAUGCGCUUAAGGUGAUAUG